AAAUCAUAUGACUAUCUGUAUCAUUUUGUUUUUCAAUCUUUCACUGUUGCUUUGCCUGAAAUCUAUUUUUAACAAGCUGUUGGAUGAUGUUGAAAAAUAACCAUCAACAAAAGUCAGUAGACAUACCGAUAAACCAGGAGCCAAAAACGUUUGAACAACACAGGCGUGAAAUGCUGACCGGAUUACAGCAUAGACAUAAAGGAAGAAAACGACCUAAGCUUGCAAAUACUUCACACACUGAUACCUGGUCGGAUGUGAUAGAUAAUUGGGUUGAUUCAUCUUGGCGCAGUUGGGAUGAUGAGAUGCACAGACUAAGGCGUGGGAUGUUCGCGCUUUUGCGAUUAAAAUUGUUUGAAAAUGAUGAGUCUGAAUAUAGGCUUUAAUUCACAUGACUUUUUCUUGCUAGCUUUAUACGAGUCAGGUAUCAAUAAAUAAGAGUGAAUAUUUAACUUUCAAUAUUCAGACUUAUCUCAUAAUCUAACUUAGGUGUCAGGAGUUGUGGGCUAAUUGGUCAGAUAUUGUGAGCGAUGCAGUAUGAUAAAAGUCUGACUCAACUAUGCAUUUUUUUAUUUUAGCCUCUUGAUAUUUUUGGUCUGAGAUCAUCUUAUCCAGACCCCUUUGAUCUAAUGAACCAAAUGGAAGGUGAGAUCGAGGAGAUUCGGAAUCGCGUAGGCAUGAGUAGAGUUCCAGGAAUUGGUGCCCUUGAUGACUUCUUGAAGGAUGCUUAUGAGGUUGGUGAAGACGGGAAGCUUUACUUCAAGGUACAUUUCGACACGAAGGGUUUUACCCCCGACGAUAUCAAGGUUGACUCCACAGAACAUCGUUUAACAGUUCAUGCGAAGAAGGUUUUAGAAUCUGAUUCAUCAAAAUCUUGUCGUGAGUUUUGUCGGAUGAUAGAGCUUCCUCAAACAAUCGAACAUAACCAAUUGAAGUGUCGUCUGACAGAAGAUGGCGUUCUUAUGUUAGAGGCUCCUGUGAAAGCCCCCGACUAUGAGUCAAUCACAUUCACGGAUAAUCGUCGACUUGGGAUUCAUCCAAAGUCAGCAGACCAGAUCCAGUCAGUCCCAGCAUCAAAGGCACUUGUUGUGAAAGGUGUAUCUGGUCCAACAAUUUUAGACGAUGAAGUAAAUGGAAAGCGUCUUCAUUUAGAAGUGCCUGUGGAUCCAGUGUAUAAACCCGAGGAUUUAUGCGUAAACGUAGAUUCCAAACGUGUUGUCGUGUCAGGAAUAAGUUAUCAGAAAGACAGUAAUCAUUUCAACAAGAAAAAGAGCAGCUCGUAUGCAGAGUUCACUCAUUCGUACGAAAUUCCAGAAACAGUAGAUCCGUUAUUAGUGACAGCUCAACUAAUUGACAAUAGAUUGGUUUUGGAGGCUCCUUUGUUAAAACGGCACACAGUCAGUCAUUAAUCUAUUUGAUAUAAAUAUAAUAACAUUGUGUAUCGGUUGAUAAAGUCUUUUGUGUGAAGUAUUUCGAACGAAUUUCUUAACUACACUUGUAUGUAACGUUUCUGAGUACACACAAAUGUGUAAAAUGUAUUUGGUAAUAAAUCUAAUAUACUCUAACUGCUU